GAGGCCAGUCUUACUUUAACAGGUGAUCGGGAGGACAUGGAGCAUGGAGAGUAUACUGAGGGAUUAACUACAGUGACAUUUACUACAGCAGAGCCUAGUCUCACCUGUCUCCCUAACCCUAGCAUUCAUGCCUAUGUAUCUGCAGGGUGUCCACCAGAGAAAACAAUCAAAAUAAGAAAACAGAUCAAACGAGAUUCAUGUGAAUAUUUAAAGAACUAUGUUUACACUUUUGAAAGAGAUGAGUAUGAUCCUAGUUUUAUGGAGGGUACGGAAGGCAUUUCUGAAGAUCAAGGAAUCCUCAGCAUCCAGUAUGACUAUGGGAGACAUGGAUGCCCAGAUAGAUCAUACUAUAGUGAUGGAUAUAAACCACAGUUUGACUUGUAUAUGGGUGAUGAGUUCAUUGAAAAGAUGGACACUGACUAUGCCAUGAUUGAGAUACACGGUGUACACAACUUUCAAUAUCUCAUGACUGCUCAGCAGGCUGGAUGUAGAAAGCGCCCUCAGAGUUGGGUGGAUAUGUUGAGAUUACAGGAUACUGCUAAGGAUCCAAACACAGCUUGGACAAGAUAUAAUUACCAUGACUGUCUUGAAGGGAACGGAACCGAGAUCACAGACCGGUCUCCAUACCAAGUCUUGAGUUCCAGGUCUAGGAACAUGGUCCUAUGGAGAGAGAAGAAGGCCAUCUAUGUCUUCAAUGUGACUGUACUAGAUCCAAAAUACAGUUACUGCAACCUUCAAACUCAGUUUGCUGUUGAGGUAUAUGGCGCCCUCCCCCCGUCCGCAGUCUCCGCUAUCAAGGUCAUGCUUAUUACCUGUGCUCUGGGUUUAGCUGGUGUUGCCUUUAUCUUCAUCUAUUACCUCGUGCAGCAGAGAGAAGCAGAAGAGGACCAGCGAACGCAGAAGAUCCCUCAGUUUCCUCAUUAAUCAUUAACAGAUACUUUAAUUAAAGCACAGUAUUCAACGAUGAUGGUGGUGAUUUACUUGGUCUACACCUGCUUUUUUUACAUCUGGGCCCUGUCUUGCAAAUAGUUGCAGUUGAUCUGGGCCCUGUCCUACAAAGAGUUACGAUUGAUCCAAUCCAUCUAAAGUAUAUGGAAUUCCAGUAAUGUCAUUAUUUGUCAUUAGGAAAUUUGCUCAAUGCCCUUUGAAAACGAAGAGAAGCAUACUGAAUU